UGAAGCAGACAGAGCGCGUCGGCUCAUCAUCUCGCCGUUGUGAUUCAGCUCGAGACGCUUCAUAUUCUCCUGCGCUUCAUAUGCUCUUCUACCAUUAUUUCAAAAGCAGCCACAUGAACAACCAAUGCAGCUUGGCCCAUUCUUUAUGUUUUUUCUUCAUGUAGACCCAGUCUAGUGCAUAAUUAUACAUGAGAACUGCAAGUGUAUACAGCUUUAAUUUAUUACAUCUCUAGACAUCCAUUAGAAAAGGAUCGUCAAACGCCGCCUAUAUCGUUAUCAGCUUUAUUUCUUCGCUCCAAAUUAACGCAGUUUCACAGACGAAACAGCGACUGACGGCUCCAAGAUGGGGUAUGGGCGGUCGGACAGUUACCGCGUGGCGACCACGCAGGACAAUGAUGACAAGGAGUCACCCAAGAAGAAGGCGGGCAAAGAUUUGGAUGACCUAAAGAGAGAAGUACCACUGACAGAACAUAAGAUGUCGAUUGAGGAAGUGUGCCGGAAGUACAACACUGACAUCGUGCAGGGUCUGACUAACGCUAAAGCUGCGGAGUAUCUCGCUCGUGAUGGACCCAACGCUCUCACCCCGCCCCCCACCACCCCGGAAUGGAUCAAAUUCUGCCGACAGCUCUUUGGGGGCUUCUCCAUCCUGCUGUGGAUCGGAGCUAUCCUCUGCUUUCUGGCCUACGCCAUCCAGGCUGCCACGGAGGACGAGCCUGCCGGAGACAAUUUGUAUCUUGGUAUCGUGCUGUCUGCUGUGGUCAUCAUCACUGGCUGCUUCUCCUACUUCCAGGAGGCCAAGAGCUCAAAGAUCAUGGAGUCUUUCAAGAACAUGGUUCCCCAGCAAGCUUUAGUGAUCCGUGAAGGAGAGAAGCUGCAGAUAAAUGCUGAGGAGGUGGUGGGCGGAGAUCUGGUGGAGGUGAAGGGAGGAGACAGGAUCCCUGCUGAUCUCAGAAUCAUCUCCGCUCACGGAUGCAAGGUUGACAACUCCUCCCUGACCGGCGAAUCAGAGCCCCAGACCAGGUCACCCGACUGCACCCAUGACAACCCUCUGGAAACCCGCAACAUCGCCUUCUUCUCCACCAACUGCGUUGAGGGUACCGCUCGUGGGAUUGUCGUCUGCACCGGCGAUCACACCGUCAUGGGCCGCAUCGCUACUCUGACCUCUGGCCUUGAGACCGGAAAGACCCCCAUCGCCAAGGAGAUCGAGCACUUCAUUCAAAUCAUCACAGGGGUGGCCGUCUUCCUGGGCGUGUCCUUCUUCAUCCUGUCAAUCAUCCUGGGCUACACCUGGCUGGAGGCCGUCAUCUUCCUCAUCGGAAUCAUCGUCGCCAACGUGCCCGAAGGACUGCUGGCCACCGUGACUGUGUGUCUGACCCUCACGGCCAAGCGUAUGGCUCGUAAGAACUGCCUGGUGAAGAACCUGGAGGCCGUGGAGACUCUGGGAUCCACUUCCACCAUCUGCUCCGAUAAGACCGGCACGCUGACGCAGAACCGCAUGACGGUCGCUCACAUGUGGUUCGACAAUCAGAUCCACGAAGCAGACACCACUGAAGAUCAGUCUGGUGCAUCUUUUGAUAAGAGUUCUGGGACGUGGUUGUCUCUGGCCCGUGUAGCAGCGCUGUGUAACCGAGCCGUGUUUAAGGCGGGUCAAGAUAUUCUGCCAAUCCAAAAGCGUGAUGUCGCAGGCGACGCCUCCGAGUCUGCCCUCCUCAAGUGCAUCGAGCUGUCCUGCGGCUCUGUCAAAGCCAUGAGGGAGAAGUACAAGAAAGUGGCCGAAAUUCCCUUCAACUCCACCAACAAAUACCAGCUGUCAGUACACGAGAUGGAUGAAUCUAGCGAGAAUCAUUACCUGCUGGUGAUGAAGGGGGCACCGGAGCGCAUUCUGGACCGCUGCUCCACCAUCCUGCAACAGGGCAAAGAGCAGCCGAUGGACGAGGAGCUGAAGGAGGCCUUCCAGAACGCCUACCUGGAACUGGGUGGACUGGGAGAAAGAGUGCUGGGUUUUUGCCACUUGUUACUGCCCAAUGACAAAUACCCCAAAGGAUUCGCCUUUGACACGGACGACGUUAACUUCAUCACAGAUAACCUGUGCUUCGUGGGUCUGAUGUCUAUGAUUGACCCUCCUCGAGCAGCUGUACCCGACGCAGUGGGCAAAUGUCGCUCAGCUGGUAUCAAAGUCAUUAUGGUGACCGGUGACCAUCCCAUCACGGCCAAGGCCAUCGCAAAAGGCGUCGGCAUCAUCUCUGAGGGGAACGAGACAGUGGAAGACAUUGCCGCUCGGCUUAAUAUUCCCGUCAGUCAGGUCAACCCCAGGGACGCCAAAGCCUGCGUGAUCCACGGGUCAGACCUGAAAGAUCUCUCGCAGGAGCAGAUGGAUGACGUGCUGAAGAAUCACACAGAGAUCGUGUUCGCCAGAACCUCUCCACAGCAGAAGCUCAUCAUCGUGGAGGGCUGCCAGAGACAGGGUGCCAUUGUGGCUGUGACCGGUGAUGGAGUGAACGACUCUCCCGCUCUGAAGAAGGCCGACAUCGGCGUUGCCAUGGGAAUCUCCGGAUCAGACGUCUCCAAGCAGGCUGCGGACAUGAUCCUGCUGGAUGACAACUUCGCAUCAAUCGUUACUGGAGUCGAGGAAGGUCGUCUGAUCUUCGAUAACCUGAAGAAGUCCAUCGCAUACACCCUGACCAGCAACAUUCCUGAGAUCACUCCCUUCCUGUUCUUCAUUUUGGUCAACAUUCCUCUUCCUCUUGGAACCAUCACCAUCCUCUGCAUUGAUCUUGGCACUGACAUGGUACCUGCAAUCUCACUGGCGUAUGAAGCAGCCGAGAGUGACAUCAUGAAGCGUCAGCCCCGUAACCCAGCCAGAGACAAGCUGGUCAAUGAGCGUCUCAUCAGCAUCGCCUACGGACAGAUCGGUAUGAUUCAAGCCCUGGGAGGAUUUUUCAGCUAUUUCGUGAUUCUGGCCGAGAAUGGCUUUCUUCCCAGUGUGCUGGUGGGCAUCCGGCUAAACUGGGACGAUCGCUCUAACAAUGACCUGGAGGACAGCUACGGACAACAGUGGACGUAUGAGCAGAGGAAGAUCGUGGAGUUCACCUGCCACACCGCCUUCUUUGUCAGUAUCGUGGUUGUGCAGUGGGCUGAUGUGAUCAUCUGCAAAACCCGCCGUAAUUCAGUGUUCCAGCAGGGCAUGAAGAAUAAAAUCCUGAUCUUUGGUCUGUUUGAGGAGACGGCCCUCGCUGCAUUCCUGUCCUACUGCCCCGGCAUGGACGUGGCUCUUAGGAUGUACCCUCUGAAGCCCAGCUGGUGGUUCUGUGCGUUCCCCUACAGCUUCUUAAUCUUUGUUUACGAUGAGAUUCGAAAACUGAUUCUGCGUCGGAACCCAGGAGGUUGGGUGGAAAGAGAGACAUACUACUGAAUUGUCACAUAUUUCGCUCAUCGGUUCUCACUCAUUUCCUCACCUUCUCUUCCUGCGUCUUUCUCUCUGUCUCUCUCUCUUUCUUCAUCUUAAUCUGUCCAUCACUUACCAUGAGACAACCAACACAGAAGCAACUACGUUACUUCAUCCAUACUGAAAAAUGCGAAUGAGAGGACCAACAGCCGAGGAAAACAAACCAAUCCUCCUUUUUUUAUUUUUAUGCCCAAAGACUACAGCUUAAAAUCUGCCAGUAUCUCCGUUGUGAGGUUUACCGAUAACUGUUAAACACACUGUUAGCAUGUGCACACGCACGGCUUUUGUAAUGGAUUUCAUAACGUCUCAGCUGUAUUUAGAUUCCGUCACGGCCUACAGGGACUCCUGUAUAAACACUGCCACGAUGUCUCUCUGGUACAAAUCCUUUUCCAUCCUCUCGGAUGCAAACAAAUACCCCAUUUGUUUCAUUUCCAUCAGCUCGCUGUCGCCCUCUGCUGGGGGAAAAGAAUCAAGACACCUGCACCCCGCUCAACCACAUUUAAUGCCCCAUCCUUGUUGUUCAAGUGUCAUUCGUAAUGUUUUUCUAUUUUUUUAUGUUAGAAGCAUGUCUGAGAGCUGCUUGUUGUCAUUUUUCUCAGACAUGAGAAAGCACACUGCCACUCUUUCACUCUCUCUCUCUUUAUAUAUCUCUCUCUCUCACUCCCUCUCUCCGUCCCUCUUUAUCCUGCACUGCCCCCCCCUCCACCUGUCCGUCUCCGUCCGUUUGUCUUUUUGUGAGCGAUGUGAUUAAACCUUCCUCCUCUCCCCCGCCCGCCCGCCCCCGUUACCCUGUUUUCCUUCGACCCCUGUUAAAAAAGAAAAUACAAUCUUUCUGUGUCCUAGGAAAAAGAUAUUUCACUCUGAUUUCAUUGUUUAAAUAAGUGCAGAUAAAAACGGAGUAAAAGCAAUGUAACAAUACGUGAAACAACAGAAAAAAAUGAAAUAAAAAAAGAUGGAUCUCUCUUU